AUGGCCGAGCAGAACAUCCAGCUUGUCGAUCACACAAACGGCGACAACACACCUACGAGCCAGUCGGAGGCCCCUCGAACGCCCGACUCGCACAUCGACAUACUAUAUGAAAACCAGCGAGGCUGGUUCGUCUUCGGCAUACCACUCUUCUCUUCGAAGGCACUAUGGAACUUCAGGGUCGACCCCGCGCCAUGGGUCGACGCCAAAUUUAAACACUCGGCUGUGAACAUCACAAAUGCGCAAGUACCUGACCCGAGCUGGGUGUGGGACUGGAAGAGCUGGUAUGUCGACAUGAGCCUGGAUGUUGAUGAGGAGGGGUGGCAGUACAGCCUCCUCUUCAGGGGCUCGCCGUGGCAUGGCAAUCAUCCGUGGUUUCACAGCUUUGUCCGGAGGCGGCGGUGGCUACGACGACGAGUGAAGCAAAAGAUACUGCCGAAGACGAAGGCAACCAUACGGGAAAGGUUGUUCGGCGACCGAUUCAGCGUUGGUGGCACCACCCUGCUGAGGGCAGAAACACCAGGCACAUUGAGCGUACAGGAUAGUAGUGCUCAAGCCUCUGUGGAUGAAGAGGUCCGCGACACCGUCACGUUGAUGAGGAAGCUGAAGGCAGCUGCCAUUGAUCGGGAGAAAAUAGUCAUCAUCAACAGGUUCAUUGCAGACGGGGGUGAAGAGCUACACUACCUCGCAGAACAAAUACCUGCCAUCAUGUCUAUGCUCAUCUUCCAGAACUCGCGCCGCCAACUUCUCUCUACUCUCAACGACACUUUCGACUCCGCUCAGCGCCAUCGCGACGAGCACGAAUCCCAGGACAAGCCUGAAGGGGAAGCCGAAACCCGUAGAAUCAACAACCUUCUUAAAGCCGUCAAGGCAGCCGACGCAGAGUGCAAGAAGCUGGAGUACUGGAGCGAUAUACGGGAGCUAGCUGUGGGGGGCAAGGCCGGCAAUGCCACAGCUGAAGAAAGUGGGUGGGACGAGAAGUGGCAGGGUAUUGAUGACAGUGGGCCGAAGCACCCUACACCAUCGACGAGGUCGUCAGUCACAACGACCUAG